CGUGCGCGUCGGAAACAACAAGGACAGUGUGCAGCAAGGAAAAUUUUCAUUUUUGCGUUUGUACGCCAGAAUGUAGUCCAUCGUUCGUUCAGCUCCUGGUGUGUUGAAUCAUUUUUCCAGUGCAAAAAAUCAGAAAAAUUACACCUUAAAUCGAUGUGCUUUGAGUAAUCUAGUGUGCACUGAUUGUUUGUCACCACGCACAAACAGCGACCACGCGCGACACAGCAAGCGAGGAGUGGCCUCAAUUAAAGCUCAAUCCAAGUAAGCUCGUCAACAGCAAGCAAGGUCGUGUCGAAGCAGAGCAGCAGCAGAAAUGCGUUUGAUCGAUAAAGUCAGGGAAGUGGUCACGGUCCCCGUGUCGCCCAAGUACCUUCGCAUUUCGACCAUUCUGAUUGCGAUUUAUAAAGUGCUCAUCGCCCAUGUCCUACUGUUUAUCAUGCUGCUGGGACUGGCCCACGCCGAGGAGAUGAGUGCCAUCCUCGGGGCGGACAUUGCCGACCAGAAGGAGCGCGAGGAGUAUGUUUACAUCCCGACCAAUGCCAAAGGCGAGACCAUGAACCAGCUGCGAUUCAAAUCGGCUGCCAGUCUUGCGUCGGUAACGCUGUACAUGCUCUACAUCGGAACCACCUUGGCAACGAUCUACGUUCUGAGCUGCCUCGGCCUACUGAUUGGAACGCUUCGCAAUCGGCAUGAGUUCUUCAUCCCCUGGAUGGUGGUGGAUUUCUUUGGAACGUUGAUUUCGGCUUCGGUUAUGAUCGCUGUUGGUUACAACAAGGUGGCCUACUACGCCAUCGGACAGUGGCAAUACUGGGGUUUCUGUGCCGUCAUGACGGCGUUCAACGUCGUCAUCUGGAUGGUGGUGCGGAUGUUCUACAAGAAUCUGGUCCACAUGACCAAGCUGCGAGAGGUGGCCGUGGUUGCGAUUCCGUGCCCAUCGCCCGGUUCCAAGCAAAUACCGUACCACUUCCGCAAGGAGAACAUGCAUCUGAGCGAUGGAGGACUGAAGCACAUUCUGUUUGAUUCGAAUGAGGCUAAUUAUUUGGUUUAAGAUUGAUCGAAGGAUCGUUUGAUGUGGGUGUGGUUUACACGAGAAUUUUGGUAAGGAGAUAAAAUGGGAAGUUUUGUGAUAAAAAUGAUAAAUAAUUGGAACGUCAGCUAUCAGAAGACAUGUGUCGAGAUAACAGAAAAUUGUAUUGUAAAACUCCUUAAAAACUCUUCGAAACUGUUAGAAUUUACUCUAAAGCUCAUGCUAACAAUAUCAACAAUGCAAGAUACAACCUAUCCUUAACUCCUUGAAUCUAAAAUAAUAAAUAAAGAUGAUAUAAUUAUCGCA